AUGACCCUCCAUAUUUUACCGUUACUCGAUACAAAGCCGAGUGCCUCCCCCGCUCAUAGAAGGGAUUGCGCCCUUGAUGGAUACAUCAUCAACAACCAAUACAAGUUGCUCAAGAAAAUCGGUGCAGGCACCUAUGGACUCAUAUACUUGGUGGAAGACAUGGCUACUGGCCAGCGUAACGCCGCCAAGAUGGUGUUGACCGAGCCUCAACCGACUUCUCAUGGUGACGCUUCUGAAAACAAGAAAGCCAUCCAGAGGACGUUUUACCAGUACUUUGUGGCCCACGACCCAGUCCAGGCACAAGAACUCGACUUGGAUAUCAUCUCUCGUGAUGGAAUAAAUCUCAAUUCGUUACGUGAAAUCGCUCUUCAUCUACGGGUGCAUCACCAUCCCAACGUAGUGACUAUCCAUGGGGUGUUGAAUCUCAACCGGUUUGCCGUAAUCACCAUGAUGGAUUACUUCCCACAGGGUGAUCUUUUCGGUAACAUCAUCGACAAUCAGAUGUUUCUCCGUCCUCCGGUGCACCAGGACAAACAGCUACUCAUGAAGAAUUGCAUGCUCCAGCUUGUGGAGGCUAUUGACUACUGUGCUCUGCAGAGUGUCUAUCACUGUGACUUGAAGCCCGAGAAUGUCAUGGUGGUUUACGAUCCCUCCUACCAUAGACCACAAGGAUCCACAGAGAUCAUCGAUUAUAACGAACUCCGGGUGUCGCUCAUCGACUUUGGUCUUGCCAUGACCUCCAAUUUAAUCUGCUGUAAUGCAUGUCGGGGUUCCAGUUUCUACAUGGCACCCGAGAGAAUUGUUAACUUCAACACAAACAAAUUAGUGCGGUCCAUGAUCAACAUGGACCAGUUCGACACGUCACCUGAAGCUACCCUGGAGCUGAACGCUAAGUACUUCCCCACAUUGGCAGGAGACAUCUGGCUGUUGGGAGUCCUCUUCAUCAACAUCACGUGUGCUAGAAACCCGUGGCCCGUGGCCAACAUCAACGACCGUCACGAGGUGUUUUCAAAUUACAUGUUACAGAAUAAGAGCAUUUUGCAGACCAUUUUACCAAUUCUGCGCCAAUUCAACCUCUUGUUGAACGAAAUCUUUAAUCUCAACCCGAAAUCACGCAUACCGUUGCGUGAGUUGGCGGCAAAGAUUCGUCAGGUUGAUUUUUUUCAUGAUAGGGUGGAGUAUAACGAGCAGCUAUGUACUCCCCCGACAGAGCUAAAGUCACUGCCGCCAACGCCUGCAACCAGCAUAGUCAGCAAGAACCGCACUAGGAAAGUUGCUGCCAAACAGUAA